AUGGAUCAUGCUAUUGACAUUCAUGCAUCCUCAAAGAAGCCCGCGCUAGAGUCUAAGCAACAGAUGAUACGUGAGUUUUGGAGAAAGAAACAAGAAGAAAUUGAGGCAAUCGAGGACUUCAGCAAGCAUGCAAUCCCCAUGAGACGUCUCAAGAAAGUUAUUAGUGCUAACAAGGGUAAAAUUAUGAUGAGAUUUGACACUCCAUCCUUCCUAACAAAGGUGUGUGAGAUCUUUGUGCAAGAACUUUCAUUCCGUGCUUGGAUGUGUGCCCAUUCCCAAGACCGUGGCGUCAUACUGGACUCUGAUAUUGCUGAUGCUGUUGCCUCCAUUGAGCCCUAUGAUUUUUUUAAUAAUGUUCUACCCACUGAUCUAGAGGAGUACAACUCUUCUCUUCGUUCAAAGCCUAUUAAGAAGCACCAUCAUUUGUUGAUAGAUAAACCAUCAACACCCACCCACCUUCCUUCCGAUCAGUACCAAAUGCCACAAUUUAUUCCUCAAUCUGUAGGACAUUCCACCUGUGUUCACAUUUCUCCUCCUUUGUCACCAAAAACAGGUUGUCGUGUGCCUUUAUCCUUGACAUGUGUACCACAGGAACCAUAUCCCUUGAUGCCAACAACAAUCACACCUGCACCCAUUGUGAGUGGAAGAAUGGUGUUCCUUAGGAAUAACAUCAGCAACAAUGUUGAUAUUUUAGGUGUGACGACCCCUCUACCAGUACCUCCAAGUGCACAGCCAAAUAUUCCAAAUAACCGCUACAUAAGCACAAUUGCUUCUACUUCUUCAGAUUGUGUUGGUUAUGCUAACACUAGCAAUGUUGUUACUCAAGAUGGAGGUUCAUCUGCUUUGCAAUGCUCAUCCCCUUCACCAAUUGCUAAUAACAGUGGCCCCAUUGCUACUUGUUUAAAUCAUAUGAAACCAGAGGUUGCACAGAUAAAAAAUGACAUACAUGCUCAUGGUACUGAUGGCAUUGACCCUGAAGCUACAACUGGUGUCAAUGAUGGUCAAAAUCAACAUGGAAGCUUAGAUGCGGAAGUUUCUACUAUAGCUAAUGUAAGUGGGUAUAGCAGCAAUAUCAACUGGGAUGAAGUUGACAUGGCCGAUGACUCCUUGCUGAUUGAGUUUUGGGAGGAUAUCUUUAUGAACAAAGACCCAGCACCUUCUCCUACCGCUACUUCUACUACAGAUCAUGUUCCAUUUCCUUGUGAUAUGCCGAAACUUGAGGGAUUUGGUCAUGAGUUGUAUCUUCUUGAUGACAUCGUCUCUAGUGCAAGCACCAGCAGAAGGCUUAGCUAG